UCGCUCUUCCCGCGAAAACCUAAUUCCACCGCCCAAAAAUCCCCACGAAAACCGAUUCCGCUUCCGCUUCCGCACCCACCCACCUCCUCUCCUCAUCCCUCUCCCCUCCGACCUCUCGUCUCCCAUCCGGUUGCCGAGCGAGCGAGCGUGAGAGAGAAAGAGGGGCCAUGGCGCCGCUAUCGUGGCGGCACCACACCCUGCUGCAGGCGCUGCUCACGCGGGGCCCGCUCUCGGACCGCGACUUCCGCGCCGUCUUCGCCGCCGUCUCCGGCAAGAAACCCGCUACCCAUCAGCAGCUGUUCAAUGAUACACUUCUCAAGCUCAACAAGGAGUUAGCAUACCUGCAGUUUGAGUUGCGAGCAUGCAUGAACCAGUAUGAUGGAGUGGUGUACUAUGGAGUAGUAAAUAACAUUGUCGAUGACGAAUCAAAGCUCGGAACAAAGUAUUCUGUGCCACAAGUUGCAUACUACAAAGGGCUGUUAGAAGCAUUUAUUCAGGAAGCUGGAAAUGAUGGGAGCAUAACCAGUAUUGAUGCUCUCCAUGUGCGGCUUGACAACCAGGUCAUAAUUUUAGAUGGAGGUUCACAUGACAGCCAAUCUCGCCUUCCAUCUUGCAUUACGGACUUCAAACUGAGCCAGAAAGAGAAAACUAUUGAUGAACUGGUAUGGGAUCGAUGGCUAUCAUACACCUCCACAGGCAAGAUUGGUCUAGGCAUCAGAUCAUUUCUUGAUCUUCGAGGCUGGUUCCGUGCGAAUGAUAUCCCAUUGUGCGUUGUCUGCAAUGAAGCUUGUAUCAAGGCUACAAGUUGCCCUAAUGAGGGAUGCAACAUAAGAAUUCAUGAGUACUGUUUGAAGAAGAAAUUCUCCCAGCGAAAGGCUUCAAGAGCCUGUCCUGGCUGUGGCACUGAAUGGCCCCGUCAGGAAGGCGAAGUCGAUGGUGACGAUGAUGCAAACGAGCCUGGUGAAGAUGGAACUGCAUCAGCCAACCGUUCUUUGAGGAAGAGACGCAAGGGAGUGAAAGCUGAACUGGUGGAGGAUCGUUCUUCGAGGAAGAGACGCAAGGGAGUGAAAGCUGAACUGGUGGAAGAUAUUCACAAUGCAGGGCCAUUAACGGCGGCGGUUCCUAGGAGGUCGAGGAGCAUGAGAAGAGUGAAAGCCGAAGCAGUCGAAGCCACUCAAGAGGUGUUGUCUGCAGGGCCUUCCAAGGCGGCCAGAGCUUCCAAAGGAAGGAAGAAGUGAAUGGUGCGGGCUCAUGGAUGAUAGGUAGUGAGAUUGCAGGCUCUCUUUUGUCGUGUACAUACGGUUGAUGGUUGCACCUGGUGGUAGUAGAUGGUCCUUUUGGGUGUGGUGAGGGAAGGCUGCUGCCUUCUAGUUGUUGUGGCCUAAUAUGUAUAGCCUCUACAAACUCGUAGAGCUUAUUUUCUGUCAUCUGACAGUAACAGAUCAACCUAGACUGGUAGAACCAAUCCUGUGCUGGUACUUGUUUGGAAUUAGUGACCAUAUUAGAGCACUGAAAAGCUUGAGCAAGGGAUUAUCUUGUCGCUUGUUAGUUCUAGAUUCAGUCAUGCUGUUCUGA